UACCCGGGAUCAGAAUGGCUGCACGAAGUCUGGCUGCGUUUACUGAGAAUGGUGCCGGAAAGACGCUCUGCACACGCUCAGAGGCACACUUGAGUGACACCACUUUGUAUGUUUGGGAGUUCAAGCCAUUACUCCGUGUGACCUUCAAUAUAGCCAGGAUGACAAACUGGAACACUGGCACAGUAAAGCCUGCAAAUGUGAUUGUCAGGGAAGUCCCAACUUGGUAUGGUCCACUGGGACAAACAGUCUGGAGUGCAUGCCAGAAUGUCCCUGUCAUAAGCCACUUGGUUUUGAAUCAGGAGCUGUUACUUCAGACCAGAUAAGCUGUUCGAAUCCAGAGCAGUAUACUGGAUGGUACACUUCAUGGCUUGCAAGCAAGGCCCGGCUUAACGGAAAAGGCUUUGGAUGUGCUUGGCUCUCCAAAUACCAAGACACUAACCAGUGGCUGCAGAUUGACCUGAAGGAAAUCAAAGUGAUUUCAGGGAUAAUCACACAAGGACGAUGUGAUGCAGAUGAAUGGAUGACAAAAUACAGUGUGCAGUACAGGACUGAUGAGAACCUGAACUGGGUCUAUUACAAGGACCAGACAGGAAACAACAGGGUUUUCUGUGGGAAUUCAGACAGAUCGUCCUCAGUGCAGAACCUCCUGCGCUCACCUAUUCUCUCCCGUUACAUACCAUUGAUACCACUCGGUUGGCAUGUGCGCAUUGCUGUCAGGAUGGAGCUGCUCAUGUGCAUGAAUAAGUGUGCACCACAUGGCUUUGCAAGGGACGAGAUGGGAGGCAUUAGUAAGACAUAGGAAUAAAAUGAGUAGGUUCUUCAUGUACAUUGGGUAGGAUCUCAAGUUACUGUACAAAUUAUAAGCAUUAUGCAACCAAAUUCUGCUGUGACUUGCAACUUCCACAACUUUGGUAGAUUUCAUGGAAGUUUAAAUAAAUAAAACCAAAGAACCCCAAGCUGAGAUGGAAUUAACGUCCAGAUAUCUAUGAUCCAUACGGCGUUAAACCUCUCAUUUCAGUUUGUGGGGGCUUGGGGCAGGGGAAGGCAUUUAUUUAACUUUUCUCAAGUUGUCAUGAAAGCAGAGA